AUGCCGACCUCCGCGCACGUCGCCGGCGACGGCCUCCCCUCCGUAUCCGCUUCCUCCAUCGUCGCUAGCGCCGUGUGCGGCUACCACUUGGUCAAGAUCGUCAGCUACUCGCGCACCAAGGAGGUCCCCAAUGGCAAGUCGAUCCACUCUAGCCCGUUCCAGCUGGGAGGCCGCACAUGGCAUGUUCGUUACUAUCCCAACGGGAACAAGACGGAAGACAUCGAUUACAUAUCCGUCUUUCUCGAAUUCGAUGAUACCGUCGUCCCGGAGGCCGGGGCCGUGGAGGCGCAAGCCAAGUUCAGCCUACUCGACCAACAUGGGAAUCCUGUGCCGUCCUAUACCCAGCGGACCAUCAGGAACAACUACGCUGUGAAUAAAACCUGGGGGUAUGAUAAGUUCAUCAAAAGGGAGGAAUUGGAGAAAUCAGAGCAUCUCAAGGACGACUCCUUCACUAUCAAGGUCGACGUCGCUGUCCCUGGCUUGUUCCACGGGCUGGAGACUCCAUCCAUCGUGGUACCGCCGUCUGACUUGCACCGGCACUUAGGGGAUCUCCUGUCAAGCAAGGCAGGCGCCGAUGUCGAGUUCCUAGUCGGCGGUGAGACUUUCUUCGCGCACCGGUACGUGCUCGCAGCGCGCUUUCCUGUUUUCAAAGCAGAGUUCUUUGGUUCCAUGGAAGAGAGCACCACCAAAAAUGCCAUACGCAUAGAUGACAUGGAGGCACAAGUGUUCAGUGCUCUGCUCACUUUCAUGUACACGGACGCGUUGCCGGAUAUGAAGCAAGAAGAAAAUAUGCCAUGGCUCAGCAUUUGCUUGUUGCAGCGGACAGGUAUGAUUUGGCGAGGCUGA